GCGCCUCAUCAUCACCGUCAUCACGUCAUCAUCAUCCUCGUCGGUUCUGCUGUGACACGCGCAAGGAUGGCGGAGAGCGAGGCGGACACGCCGUGCACGCCCAUCGAGUUCGAGAGCAAAUACUUCGAGUUCGACGGCGUGCGGCUGCCGCCCUUCUGCAGGGGCAAGAUGGAGGAGAUCGCAGACUUCUCCCUCAGAGGCAGCGACAUCUGGAUCGUCACCUACCCGAAGUCAGGCACCAGUCUUCUUCAGGAGGUCGUGUACCUUGUGAGUCAGGGAGCAGACCCUGAUGAGAUCGGGCUGAUGAACAUUGAUGAACAGCUGCCUGUUCUGGAGUACCCUCAACCUGGGCUGGACAUCAUACAGGAGCUGACAUCCCCUCGUCUGAUCAAAAGCCACCUACCCUACCGCUUCCUACCCACUGCCAUGCACAACGGCGAGGCCAAGGUUAUCUACAUGGCACGUAACCCGAAGGACCUGGUGGUUUCAUACUACCAGUUUCACCGUUCUCUCAGGACCAUGAGCUACCGCGGAACCUUUCAGGAAUUCUGCCGGCGCUUCAUGAACGACAAGUUGGGAUAUGGUUCCUGGUUUGAACAUGUUCAGGAAUUCUGGGAGCAUCGUAUGGACUCCAACGUCCUCUUCUUGAAAUAUGAAGACAUGUACAAGGAUCUGGGGACAUUGGUGGAGCAGUUAGCCAGGUUCCUGGGCAUUUCCUGUGACAAGGCUCAGUUGGAAAGUCUGGUGGAGAGCUGCCAUCAACUCAUCAAGCAGUGCUGCAACUCUGAGGCGCUCGCUAUCUGCAGGGGACGUGUGGGUUUGUGGCAGGACGUCUUCACAGUGUCCAUGAAUGACAAGUUUGACUCUGUGUACAGACAGAAAAUGGGCAAGUCGGACCUGACCUUUGACUUCUGCCUGUGAGGAGUUUAUCUCGGCCCCUCCAGCUCUACCCGAGUACUUCAGUCAACACC